AUGACAUUAAAUUUAAUAAGCGAAUAUGAAAGUGUCAUUCGUUCAAUGCAAAUACAGAUAGAAGUUAGCAAAGAGGAUCAUAAAAAUUUAAAAGAGGAAAUAUUACAGUUAAUAUCGGAGAAUGAAAGGCUUAAUAGUUUACUGGAAAUAGAAUUUAAACAAAAAAUAUCAGAAAAUCAUCAAGAUGAAUCUUUUGAUGUAUUUAAAUCACAAGUGGUUUUAAACUUGCAAAGGCAAUUAGAUUUAUGUCAGAAUGAAAAAAACAAAACUUUAGAAUUGUAUGAGACAAGUUUAAGUUUGAUUGAAAAAUUAGAACAAGAAGCAAUUCAGGAAAAGGAAAAUGUGUCUAAAGUGACAGAAAAUGUUAAUUCAACUUAUAUUGCUAAUAAAAGUGUAUUGGAAGCAAAAUUAAAAAAUACCAAAGACCAUUUAGAAAUUGUACUCAAUGACAGAGACCAAGUAGAAAAUGAUAAUAUUAAUUUGAAAACUGAAAUAGCCAAGUUGACGUUAAACUUGGAGUCAAACUGUAAAUUACUGGAAGAUUUAAAGGUGAAAAAAUUGGAAUUGAAAGAAAAAUAUAUUAAAAUACAACGAGAAUAUACAUUGCUUAACGCAACUCACGAAUGCGUAAUUCAGUCUCGAAACGAACUUGAAAAAAAAUUAGACGUGUACAGUAGAAAUAUUCAAGAAUUAAUUAAUAAUAAUAACGAAUCUAAAAAUAAAGUAGCAGAAGCAUUGGACGUUGCAGAAAAAGCAAUUUUCGAAAAAGAUUCCGCUCUUUUUAGAGAACAAAAAUUGCAAGAAGAAGUCAACAGGUUGCAAUUGUGUCUCGAUCACGUCAUUGAAGAAGCUGGUAAAAAAGUGGCUGCAGAAGUUGAAGAAGCGGAAAAAAAAUGUCAAACGAAAUUGAAUAACGUUUUAAAAGAAUUAACGGACGUGAAGAGCGAAUAUGAAAAAAUCAAAGAAGAUAGUAAAAAACUUUCGUUCAAGUAUAAAAAAUUAGAAAAACAAACGACUUCGAAAUUAGACAAGGAAAAGAUUACAUUGAUAAAAGGUUCGGAAACUGAGAUAACAAUAUUGGAAAAUCAAUUGGAUACGGUUUACAAAGAAUUGGAAAUGGUUAAAUUGAGUCACGACGAGGUCACAUCGGAAAAAAAAAAAUUGCAAGCGAAAUUUUCGGAACUUUUGGAAAAACACGAAUCACUCGUUCGCGAGAGAGAAAAACGGGAAAUAACGUUCGAGGAAAUGAUAAAUAAUUUAAAAUCACAAAACGAGGAUAAAAUAAACGAGUUAAACGAAAGCACGAAAAGGUGUGAAUAUUUCAUAAGUCAGGUUCAAGAGCUCCAGGAAAAGAAUAGGAACCUGGAGAAAAUCGCGAGCAAAUGUCAUUGCGAUAAAUUAAAAUCGAAAAUGAAAAAAUUAAACGAAUUACGAAUCGCUCAAAUGACGGAAUUGGAAAAUCACGUGGAAUCACAAAUGAAAUUAAACGACGCUUGGAAAUCCGAAUUGAAAACAACAACGGAAAAAUUCGAGGAAAGAAUUCGGGAAUUGAAAAAAGAAUGUACGGAAUUGAAAUGUAAAAAUUUGAAAAUCAUGGAGGAAUUAAAACAAGCCAAGAGGAUUUUCGACGAAAGAGAACGGGAAAAGAAAAAAGAAAAAUUGAUUGAAAAUUCUCCAAAGUCUGGAAACAAAAAAUAA